AUGGGUGUGGAUAUAGCUGUUGAUAUAUCUAUAGAUACAACUGUUGAUAUAUCUAUAGAUACAACUGUUGAUAUAUCUGAAGAUACAGCUGUUAAUGUAUCUGUAGAUAUAUUUGUAGAUACAUUUGUAGAUGUAAGUGUAGAUACAUCUGUAGAUUCAGGUAGAGAGGCAUCUGUAAAUACAGGUGUAGAUACAUCUGUAGAUGCCUCUGUAGAUACAUCGGUAGAUACAGUUGUAGAUACAGGCAAAGAUACAGCUGUAGAUUUAUAUGUAGAUACAUCGGUAGAUUUAUAUGUAGAUACAUCGGUAGAUACAGGUGUAGGUACAUCUGUAAAUACAGGUGUAGGUACAUCUGUAAAUACGGGUGUAGUUACAGGCGAGUAUACAGUUGUAGAUACAUGUGAAGGAAUUACAAGUAGCGAUGCAAAUGUACAUCUACGAUAA